AUGCUGCAGGUCUGCUACAUAUGUCUAAAGUCAGCCUUGAUCAUUACCAGUCUUUUACACCAUGGUAUCGCCUCUUCAGGAGAGGCUGUUACUCCAGAGGAGGCUCAGCCCCUACUGGGUACGGAACAACCAACUGCAAAUCGCGAGGAGGAUAGGGAGAAAUAUCCAGAGGAACUCGACAGAGAAAAAAUUCGCGAUCGACCAGUCUGGCAAUAUCUGGCGUCAUUCAAGAUCCUCCUACCCUGCAUGUAUCCAAGCUCCGGGCAGCAGAAGAUCCACUUUGUGGGGAUUUGUACUUGCACUUUUCUCGGCGGGAUCCUGGAAACAGUUACACCUCUAUGCCUGGGGGGUGUGAUUGACUUGCUAGACGGCUUCCACAUGCCGUGGAGGGCAAUAGCACUGUAUGGAUCCCUGACAUUCGCGAAUUCUGACGCUGGAAUCUUCUUGGUCCGUGAUUGGCUUUCAGCUAAAAUGAACAUAGAAAUGACGACCAACCUUACACAACACUCCUACAACGCAAUUAUGAACCUCUCCGCGGACUUCCACGACUCGAAAAAGACCAACAUCACCUAUAGUAUCAUCCAUAACGGGCAACAAGUCAUUGAUCUUUUUAAUGAUGUAUUGUUUGUCAUCUUCCCUAUGCUCCUAGAUGUUAUCGCUGCUGCAUCGGUUCUUACAUAUAUGUUCGGUCCAUAUAUGUUGUACACUAUUACUCUCACAACGGUGGUGUUCUAUUGGAUCAUGUUCACCUCGUUAAAGCAGAAGACCGCUCUUCGUCGAUUAUAUGUGGAUGCGUUUCAUGAUGCAGACCAUCAGAUGUCAGAAUCCUUCAUCAAUUGGAAUACAGUCAGUCAGUUCGGUCAAAUCCAAUAUGAGAUCGGCAGGUACCGUGAUAAAAGCAGAGCCGUUCAAGUUCUGGCGAUGAAAUCCUAUUUCUACAGCAUGAUAACCCGCGCAGUCCGUCAACUCGUCCCGACCAUGAGUUUUAUUGCAGCCUGCGCUAUCGCAGCUCUUCAAAUAAUCCACCAUCAGCACAAGAUCAGUGAUUUUGUCGUACUCAUCACUUAUUGGGGACAGCUUAUACGCCCACUCGGCUUUCUGGCGAGCAAAUUCACAGAUAUCGGGAACAAAUCAGUUUCAACUGAGAAACUCCUAGUCCUGCUAGAGAAAAAUCCAGCCGUAUGUGAUGAGGAACUUGCCAACCCAUUUAUCUUUAGAGGCGGUGCCAUCGAAUUCGAGAACGUUACAUUUUCCUAUGACCGUCAAAGAACAGUUACAGACGGUAUCAGCUUCCGCGCAGAACCAGACAAAACAACCGCACCAGUCGGACUCAGUGGAGGCGGGAAGAGCACAAUAUUCAAUCUCCUCUAUAGAUCAUAUGACAUCGAGCAGGGGAGGAUAUUGAUAGACGGACAGGAUAUCAAGACGCUACAGAUGGCUAGCUUCCGCAAACAUAUUGCAACGGUAUCGCAGAAUCCUCAGGUAUUCAACAUGACCAUCACGGAGAAUAUAAAGUACCCCAACCCAAACGCUUCUGAUGAAUCUGCAAUAGGCGCUGCCAAAGCCGCAGGGUUGCACUCCAGAAUCCUGACUUUCACCCACGGCUACAGGGAAAAGGUUGGAGAGCGCGGCACAAAGCUCUCAGGCGGCAAACUACAACGGCUUGCGAUAGCGAGGGCAAUUCUGAAAGACUCAGAUAUUCUCCUCCUUGAUGAAGCAACCUGCAGCUUAGACAGCAUCACAGAAGCACAAAUACAAGUAACGUUGAAAGAGCUCAGUGUGGGCAAGACGGUCCUUGUCAUUGCGCACCGACUGGGUACGAUCCGCCAUGCGGACAGGAUCUUUGUUGUUGAUGAUGGCAGGGUCAAGGAGGCAGGGAGACAUGAUGAAUUAAUAACACGAAAGGGAGGUUUGUAUGCGAAGAUGUGGAGGGAGCAAGUUGGGCGUUAA